UAUAAUUUUCCUAGGAAAAAAAAAAAAAAGAUUUCUUUCUCUUUUCAAGAAAUGGCCAUGGCUAGAGAAGGUGAAAUUCAGGCAAUUUUAGUGCUAUUUCCUAUGCUUCUGCUGCUUCAUUCCAAUACCACUCAAGCAGAUACCUUCAUUGUUGGAGAUGAUCUGGGUUGGACUGCAAACGCUAGCGUGGGAACUUGGCCUCAAGGAAAGACGUUUUUUGCUAGUGACAUACUCGUGUUCAACUAUGAUAACCAAUUGUAUAAUGUGGUCGUGACGGAUCAAGUAGGGUAUAAUUCAUGCACAAUUACUACGAAUUCUCAAGUGUUUGAAUCAGGACAUGAUCGAAUUCAUCUUGUUUUCGGAGAAAAUUACUUCAUGACUGGCAAUCCUAAUGAUUGUCAACUUGGUAUGACAAUGGCGGUCACAGCAGAAAAUUAACCGCUGCAGCCACCACUACAGUGACAAUGGCAGAAGAUUAAUCGCAAACUAUAUAUGAAUCUUGUGGGUACUUGACACUAGCAAAGUGAAUGUAGCCCAAGUAACACGUAAAUAAAAGAGUGUUUUGGGGUUUUCAGAAAAUAAAAAUGCAUUCAUAUGAAUCUAAAUUACAGAAUUCUUCAUGUGUUCUUCAUGUAUUCUCCUGGCUAAUAAAUUAAACUUCAUCCUUUAAUUUCC